CACAUGCUAGAACUGCAAUAGAACUCAUCGAGUAAUAAGCUCAUCUUGAUUGCAGACUGCGAAGGCAUGGAGGGAGUCUGGGAUAAUCUGAGCGUAACUUUGAGCAAAUUUAUCACUAAUGUGCUGAAAAAGUUAAAAUUCAAACGUAUGACUCCAGUUCAGGCGGCAUGUAUUCCACUGUUUAUGAGUAAUAAGGAUGUAGCUGUGGAGGCAGUGACAGGAUCAGGGAAGACUUUAGCAUUUCUCAUCCCUAUACUGGAAAUACUAAAUAGAAGGGAGGACAAAUUAAGAAAGAAAGAUGUUGGUGCCAUUAUAAUUACUCCCACGCGAGAGUUGGCAGUACAGAUCAGUGAAGUCUUGACAAAGUUCCUAGAGCUAGCCCCACAGUUUACACAGCUUCUGCUUAUUGGUGGUGCAAAUCCACUUAAAGAUAUUCAGAGAUUUAGAGAUCAGGGGGGACACAUUAUUAUUGCCACACCAGGUCGUUUAGAAGAUCUGUUUCAGAGAAGACAGGAAGGUGUAGAUAUAGCUGCAAGUGUGAAAGCAUUGGAGGUCUUAGUAUUAGAUGAGGCUGACAGACUAUUAGAUAUGGGUUUUGAGGCAAGUAUCAACACAAUUCUUAGUUACCUUCCCAAACAGAGGAGAACGGGCCUGUUUUCUGCCACUCAAACUCAGGAAGUUGAAGCUUUAAUAAGGGCAGGUUUAAGAAACCCAGUCAGAGUGACUGUGAAGGAAAAAAAUACUGGAGACACUGUUGGAACUCAACGAACACCAUCUUCAUUACAGAAUUAUUAUAUGGUUUGUGAUAGUGAUAAGAAAUUCAACUAUCUGGUAGACUUUCUGAAGAGCCAUAGUCAACUGAAAAACAUGGUGUUCUUUAGCACAUGUGCCAGUGUAGAUUAUUUCUCUAAAGCCUUAGAGACGUUGCUUCCAAACACUGAAGUAUUAAGUAUACAUGGAAAAAUGAAAGUGAAAAGGAAUACAAUAUUUACAAAAUUCAAAAAUUUGAAAAGUGGUAUUUUGAUGUGCACAGAUGUAAUGGCUAGAGGUAUAGACAUCCCUGAUGUGAACUGGGUAAUACAGUUUGAUCCUCCCAGCUCAGCAACUGCCUUUGUACAUCGUUGUGGAAGAACUGCCAGGAUUGGGAACACUGGAAAUGCUUUGGUCUUUCUGAUUCCAACUGAGGAAAGCUAUGUGCAGUUCUUAUCUAUUAAUCAAAAGGUACCUCUGAAGAUGUUGCAGCCACCCCAUUUGAAAGUAGAUUUAUUACCAAAGCUUAAACAAAUGGCUAGAGAAGACAGAGCUAUAUUUGAGAAAGGAAUGCGGGCAUUUGUUUCUUUUAUGCAGGCUUAUGCCAAACACGAGUGUUAUCUUAUAUUUAGGAUAAAAGAGCUUGACAUAGCAAAAUUAGCAAAAGGAUUUGGACUUCUCCAGUUACCAAAAAUGCCUGAACUGAAGGGGAAAACAUUUCCCGAUUUUAUUCCAGAUCCAGUAGAUUUAAUGACAAUUCCUUACAAAGAUAAAAGCAGAGAAAAGCAAAGACAAGAACAUCUGAAAAUUUACCAUCAAACAGGUGUAUUCCCAGGAAAGAAAGUCAAAAUUCAUAAAAAGGAAACGGUACCUUGGUCCAAACAAAAAAAUCGAAAAGAAAAGAAGAAACAAAGGAAAGAAGUGAAAGAGCAAAGAAAACGUAAAAUGGAAUUUAAUGAUGAAGAAUUGGAUGAAUUAGAAAAAGAUGCAAAACUGGUCAAAAAACUGAAAAGAAAAAAGAUAACUGAAAAGGAGUUCAAUCAUAAAUUUGAUGACCUAUCAGAUGAGAAUGGAACUUGAUAAUCAUCAUGCUUUGUACAUCUUGUGCAGAAACAUGUUGCCUUGCUUCCAGUCCAAUGGGAAUUAGACUCUUCACAGAAAUAUUUGGAAUGAUAGAGCUCACAGCUGUUGCCUGCCACUGUAAGAUCUUAGCUCAUUCAAGCAAUUGGAACAUAGAAACUCAACUCAUUAAAUAGGCCGACACAUAGAAUUUUUUUUUUUUUUUUUUUUUUUUUUCUUACCAGAGCCAGCUUAAAUGUCUUUGCUAUUUUCCAACAUUACAGUGGGUAUCUAGCCAACUUAAUUUAGGAAUUGGACAUAACUAAGUGGCAUUAUUUGUAAAUUAACUGUUGCAUCUCAAUAUAACUGAAAGAAUACAACUGGCUCAUCACCACUUCCGUAACAUUUUAUUAUACUUGUAAAAUUUAUUUAUCAAAAGAGAUUUUUGUGAUGUUCUCCCCUGUAUAAUUUAAUAAACUUAUUUUUUUACUGACA